GACCUUAUCUACAUAAUCUUUGUUCCCACUAAAUGAUAUAACUCGGCUCUCUUUUAUAAUAAAAGACGUACCAACAAUUUGGUGCACACUCUCGUGAAUGACAGCAACUCCGAAAUCAUAACAAGAUGAGCUCACGUGAAGACCCUGCAUCAUCUCCAACGUACAGGCUAACGCUAGCUAGCCUCUAUGAUAUGACGACAAGGGGAAAGAUGCUCGAAGCAGUGAAACAGCCAUGAAGACUGUGAUGGUGUUCAUAGCUGGCUAAGAGUACACAGCAACCUGCUGGUUGGAGGUUGCUGUCAUGAAGGCAGGCGAAAGGACGGAGUGUGGCAGUGGGGUUCUCUUUGAGGACUGGGACUUCCCCUCGGAUGACUCGUCUCUUUUCUGUGACAGUUCCACACCCAUCUCCAGGCUACAGGGCCACAUCACCUGGCUACGGCCACAGGAGAUCUGCCAGUCACCAGUUGUCUUCCCUGCCACCAUCCACCAUAGUCAUGCCAAACAAGGCUUGCUGGGAGACUGUUGGUUUCUGUGUGCAUGCUCCAUGUUGCUCAAGAACAAACAUCUUCUGGACAAGGUCUUUCCACCGCACCAGCCCAUGUGGGGUGACAGCAAGUACAAAGGUUCCUUUCACUUUCACUUUUGGGUGAAGGGACACUGGACAGAGGUGACCAUUGAUGACCGCCUACCUUGUAUUGAUUCAGUUCUCUGCUUCUCACACUGCCACAUCCCCUCUGCCUUCUGGGUGGCUCUGCUGGAGAAGGGAUAUGCUAAACUUCACGGUUCAUAUGAGCAGCUGUGGGCGGGGCAGGUGUCCGAGGCCUUAGUGGACCUGACUGGGGGUCUUGCAGAGUGCUGGAGUUUGUCCCACUUUGGUUCAGAGGAGGAGGAGCAGCACACAUCAAAGGAGAACCACAAUCAGGCCAGGAGACAAAGGCUGGACCUGGACAUCAUAUAUCCACUGAGAGCCACUUGUGCACUCAGUUGCUCUACUCAAAGCAUCCCGGGAGGAGACAGCGAGCUGGGUCAACACCAUGCCAUGGCUGUGAUGGAAUGGCUGGAUGUGAAGACAGUAGCAGGAAGCAGGGUGCGACUGUUCAGGAUCAGAAACCCCUGGGGGAGGUGCUGCUGGAGUGGAGCCUGGACAGAGGGUGGGGCAGGAUGGCGUUCGCUGGAUUCGGUCGAUGCUUCGGAUAUCCAAGCUCGGGCGGCACAGGGUGACUUCUGGUUGGAUGAAACCGAAUUCCUGUCCCAGUUUGAUGAUGUCACAGUAGGUUACCCAAUCAGUGAGGAGGGACACCUACGAAAUAUCUACACUGGAAACCCGCUGCCUCACCGGCAUCACCUCGCUGGACGCUGGGUAAAUGGCCUAUCCUCUGGUGGAAGUCGAAACAGCAGCACUUACAGCAGUAACCCAAAGUUUUGGCUCAAGAUGUACGAAAAAGGUGAGGUUCUCAUAUCCCUGCUGCAGCACAGGAAGUGGAGGCAAUAUGCAGACAGACCCCCAGAGAAUGACGUGAGGCGCCAGCACUACCAGGCAAUCGCUUUACACAUGUGGAAGGUGGAGAAGAAACAUUUUCAUCUGAGUCGUACUGUGAACAAACCGCCAUGUGCUUCUACUCACUGCCACGCCCACCAGAGAGAGGUGGUGCUUCCUGGUCAGCUGGAGCCCGGACACUACCUUGUGAUCCCCAGCAUCUACCAGCCAGGAGCAGAGGCCCGCUUCCUCAUCAGGGUCUUCUCCUCCUCUUCCUCGUCCCUCAGUGCCCUGUCGAGCCCAGCACCUCUACUGCCGUUAACUUCAGACGGAGAGUGGGAGACCAGUCACUUCCGGGGCUCGUGGGUGGAAGGAAGCUCUGCAGGAGGAAGCAGGAACUUCCCGUUCCACGGGCAGAACCCAUGCUUCCCUUUCACGGUUUGUGAAGAGCCAGUUACGGCAGGCCUCAACAUCAAGGUUACCCUGCGCCAGAGCCGUGCUGACACUGAUCUGCUCCCCAUUGGCUUCCAUAUUUAUAAGAUACCAGCUGGAGAGCAAUUUCAUUCCAUCCCCAGUGAGGACCCCGUUGCCAGUUGUGUUCCCCACUGCCACACUCCGGAUGUUAGCUUGUCCUGCUCUCUUCCAUGUGGAGCUUACCUCGUCGUACCAUCCACAUACCAGCCUGACUGCGUAGGAGAAUUCACCAUCAGCCUUGCUCGGAGAAUAAACAGGAGAGUUGUGAAAAGCCAAGAAAAGCUGGGAAAAGCCAUUCAGGAGGUGUCUCACAUCUCUAUGAUGCGAAGCUAGCCCUCUUUGCCGCUUCAAUGAUGUCGGUGCCGCAUGAUGAAAGGACUCCCCCUCCUCCCCACCGAGACGUGUGUGUGUGUGCACAUGUACGGCUAUGCAUGUGCACCGUGACUUAGUGGAAAUUUGUGCCUCGGGGGGCUUCUCUUCAUCCCGAAAUUCUGAGGCUGAGGGCCGAUGAACAGCAAGGCACUCAUUGGCCAUUAGGACAUCAGAGGUUGUCGGUGGGCUGGGCUGCUAAUGAACUAUGACGGGACUGGCUGGUGUAAACAAACAGCCGCCAUUGAAGAAAGCCGCCACCUCUGUUGCUCAUUCAGUCACUGAUGCGCCCGUCGGACCGGAACAAAGGCUCCUCUCAUGAGGUCCUCACAGAAGCCCUGUGGGCAAGGGGUGAGCGGGGUUGGUCUGCGACCGCUGAGCCAACCAAACCGCAACGCGACACAACCGUGCCACACUGAGCCAAAGUUGUCUACCAAUCCCUCAGUCCCCCGCACACUCCUUUCUCAGCGUCCACUGUGUGUGUAUGUGUGCGGCUGUUCAGAAUCAUAGGUUAUACCCUAUAUGUGCCCUCGAUGUAUCCCACAAUGCAUCAUGAAAAGCAGUGAACAACCAAUGGUCACUGGAAAAGCAAUAUAUCCCAUGAAGCAUUGCACCGAUACAUAAAAAAAGAAAAAAACAUGGAGCGGACAUAAUUCUUUGUGUUUAUGUUAUAAAAUACACACAUCUUAAAACAGUGACCCGACUUAAGACUUUGUCAAGAUACGAGUCGUCGAUGUGACGAUUUUCUUACUUUGACAUGCGAGCGCAACCUUUAGAUACGAGCGCUGUAUGUCGGCAGUUGACUCAACUCUGUUCACUCCAAGCAGCAGUUUGACAGAUAUCAUUAAUUAAUUAUGUUCAAAAAAGACUUUAUUGCGGUUUAUUGCCACUCAGUGGGUUACCGUCAAAUUAAACUUAAAACAUAGAGAAUUACACAUGCAUUAAAUUAAAUUAUGUAGCCUCCUCUAGCUUAAUGCUAACAUCCAUCCAUCCAUUUUCUGAGCUGCUUCUCCUCACUAGGGUUGCGGGCGUGCUGGAGCCUAUCCCAGCUGUCAUCGGGCAGGAGGCGGGGUUCACCCUGAACUGGUUGCCAUACAUACUCUUUUUGUUUCAUUACUGUAUGUGUUUAUGAAGUAUUAUAGAGUUCUCUUUUCUAAUUUAAAAAAAUCAUUCCAAAAAUGGGAGGUUGGAACAGAUAAUGGUAUUUCCAUUCAUUUCAAUGGGGAAAGAUGAGUUGAGACUUUUGAGUUGCAAGGGUGGUUGUGGAACAAAUUAAAGUUGUAUAUCAAGGGACAACUAUACUAUCAUUUGACUGAUGAAGAAUGAACUACAGUAUAUCGUCCACUGUAUACAAAUCCCUACAUAAUGAUUGGGGAGGAGGGGAUAAGCACACGAUUCCAAAUACAGACUUUGUCAUUUCUGGGAGUUCACACCAUGAAUCUCCCGCACAGCACGCCCUUAAAUGAUGUCUGUACCGAAGCCAUCCGCUGCCUCCCUUUUCCGUCCCCCCUCGGACCACCGCUCUGACCCGAACAGAGCCUCCGAAGUGGCAGUGAAAACAGAUGACAAGGAGCAGGAUGCAAGGGAUGAAACAAGGGACACGGCUCAUCAGAGGAGGUCGGCCUGUGUGAAGAGAGCGCCAAUUGGUUUUGUGUUGAGGCUGUGUGCGUUUGGCAGCGGAUUUGCCUCCUGCUCAUCCACCAUAUCUGUUAUUGAAAGGCCUGAUGAUUGACUCCCUGUGAGACAGUGCUGAGCCAAUGAAUAAAAGAUUUGUUUUGUACUGUAGUUUUUUUUUCUAUAUAUUUGAGGUCCCU